AUGGAUCGCCCGCGGGCAAAUUCAGUCAUGCAAGUCCGCUCGAGCCAGUCUGCCUUUCAGUUGCGUGCAAGUAAACUGUUCCAAAAGGUGUCUUCAAAGUUUACGCGCUCGUCCCCAGACCCAGGCGGGACCCCUUCAAUUCGUCGGGGCCCAUAUAUGCACUCCGCAUCUCUAGACGGCGGUGUGAAGCCAUACAUGUCCCAGCCGAUGCUCGGCCUAAUGCUUUCAACUGUGGAGGACAAUGGAGAUAGUGACGGAAGCGAUAGUCCAGUUCGAAGUGAAAUGGAUAACUCUCCCUUGCCGCAUGCCUCCACCCGUCCGCCUCUCCCUUCAAGAGCGAUUCCGCCAACUCCGAACUCCAACUCAGCGAAGCCACCGCUUUCGCUCAACUCCAAUCCCCCUUCGGUCAAUCUACCUAUAGUCACUCCCCCCACCCCAGUUUCCCCGACAACACUUGAUUCGCAGCAUGCUGAGCAGCAUCCAACGAGAAGAGACUCGCUCCCGGCCCUCCGUCGCUCUAGAUCUCAAACACUGUCUGAUGGCCGCAAUUGGAGUAGGCCAAGUAGUACUGUGUUUGGCGCCAGUGCCCAGGCAGCCUUGGGCAUGGGGAUAGCUGUUGCUUUAGGUGGCAAUACUACGCCAGGCGAACCUUCGUCAAUAUCGACUGUUUCUCCCACAUCAUCUUACGCCACAGCCAGAGCAAGUGCUAUCUCGACAGCCUCAACCUCUGACCAAUCUGUCUUGAGUGGCUUGCCUGUUCUGGAUCGCCAGGAGACCGUGACGAGCGGCUUGCCUCUUUUGCCAAGCAACACUAGUUCGGCUGUGAAUGGUGUGCCUGUUGACGGUCUUCCAUUUGGUGCAGCACCAGCAGUAGACCCUCAUCAGUACUAUCCGGUGCAACGAACAUCCAUAAGUACGAUAACUCCGCCGCUAACGCCCUCAACUUCAUCUCAAAAACAACCAACCAACGAUCAUCGACGUGCUUCUGUUGCUUCAUUCGCCUCUGUAACAUCUGUUGACUCGUUUACGACGGCUCGAAGUGGGGGUUGGUCAGAGGACGAGGCCAAUGAUGAUGACGAGGGCGGAAUGACACCCACUGUGGGAGACGACGAAGCCAAAGAUAUUGUGAUGCCGCUUGAAAACAUCACUCUGUCAAGAGAAGAUACGCUUCGGGGCGGUGAACCUCGGGAAAGGGCGGAGACGUUGCGGGGAACCACCGCUCCACCGCAUUUCGUAUUGAACUCUCCCACAUCGUCAAAAAUUAUUGUGCGAGAUUCUCCUCCUACGCCAACCCGUUCAAAUCCCCCCAGUCCAACAACCUCAACGAUCAAUCCAUCGUCGAGUCCUUCAACUUCUUUUUCACCACCAUCUUCUCCAAAAGCCCUAUCUCCUCCGCGUAGCCCAAUGCGUGCCGCUAGCCUACCUCCGAUAACGACCGUUCCACUCGUUAUUCCCACUGCCCCAAUCCCUUCAAUACCACCACGUUCCUCAGUCAUACUGAGAGCGUCUCCCUCAAGUGGCAGCCUUUCUGGAUCACCCUGGGGGUCUGAAAAUCCUUCCACGAUCCCACGAACACGGACAGCAUCGGCAGGAAAUCCCUCUCCCUCCUCGGCGAUGUCGACAUCAACUGUGACUCGUUCAUUUACGGGUACUUUGCCUGCUCGACGACCUCCCUCCAUUCCCAUGUCCCUACAUCGCUACAGCAUGGCUUUUAAUCCCGGCGCACCACUAUCUCCAGGGGGUAGCGAUCUAGGCCGUCUUAGCCCGAGUAUUAUUGUUCGGCAACCGCCUCUGGCUAUUCCGGUGUUGAAGCUACCCAGCAUUUCUUCACCUGCACCAGAACCGUCUCCAGCGAGUUCGGGUACCGUGGGAAGACGAUCAAGUGUGAUUUUUGGACCGCAUGGGGCUCAUGAGCGGGAAACAAGCAAGGCGGUUGUGAAGAGCAUGCCUGCGUUGGCGAUGGAGGGGACUGCCGAAGUUGAGACUGCCGCGGGUGAGUCGGAUUCUGACAAUGAAGAUGAUGAUGGUGGCGAUGAUGGUGGAGAGGGAGAUGAGGAUGAAGAUGAUUCCCAGCGCCCUUCGGUCGACGACUCGAGAGACGAAACUGAAUCGCCGUUUGUGCCUUUGCGACUGAACACUUCGGCACCAUUGUCGCUGGAUUUGGAUGGUUUGUUGAAUGGUGUUGGGCUUGGUUUGGGCUCGCCAAUCAUUAGCAAAGGAAAGGAAAGUGUUGCAUCGGUUAUGCAGCCCCAAGCCUCGCAGAAGACGGUCACAGGCCCGAAGACACCGCAAGCACAAGCCCAGUCUUCGCGGACUUCGGAUUACUUCUCAAUUCGGUCACCUUCCGCCGAAGGUCGGACACCGAUGCCAGCUUCUUCUCCGUUGAUGGGAAUGGCGGCCAUUCCUCGAACUGUACCAAUGCCGCCACUGCCCUCACCUGCUGGAGAGCGCCCUGGGAUGUACAAGCAUGCCUCGAGGAGCAUGGUUGACAUUUUAAAUGCACCAGAAGAUGAACCUCCCGUUUCUUCUGUCAACGCGGCAAAAAGUAAGGAAGACGAACGAGGGGCAGCGCCUGCAUAUGAUGGUCACGGUGUCCAGCGCGGCAGCACGCUUAGGCGAAGACGGUCUAUGCCAGAGGUUUCCGCUGCGCCACCACCAUAUACCUCGCCCAUGUUCCCGUUGCAGUUCCUCGAUGAUGGAGAAUCGUCCCAUCUCCACCCUCUGGCACAAGCACGAAUAGCUCCCCGGGAAGACGAGGGCCGGGAGGUGCUGCCCCCGUACUCGAAUUCGAUCUUAUUGCGGUCUGUUAUGCCUCGAAAGAUGGAAUUUUCCGAGCCCGGCGUGCAGGCUAAAGAUCGCAAAUGGCGGCGGGUGAUCUGUGAAUUGGAGGGGACUGUGUUUCGGGUUUAUCGGUGUCAGGCAGAGGGGUGGUGGGAGAGAAAAGUUGGGGUAGGCGACUUGGCGCAGGCAAGCGUCGGGAAUGCUGCUCUUGCGGCCGCUGCUGCCAUCAAGGCACGUGCUGCCGCCCGAGACGGCGCUCAAGACAUCAAACUGGCCGCUGAGGAGGGACGUUUGGACGCUAUGGAAGAGAGUUCCGGAGCAGAAAAUGGGGAAGGCACGACUGAAAUACCCGUGGCGCCACGACCGAGCAUGUCUUCGUCUUCUCGGAGCCGUGCUUCUUCGACAGCUACUUCUGCUUCGCCCACUCAACCCUCGUCUUCAUCAUCUAUCACAGACAUGUCUUCGUCGGCCUCUCGGUCGCGUCUCAAUUUGGGGCUUGGCUUACUAAAGCCCAGGUCACAUGGUCGUUCCAAAAGCGACCUGCCAAAUCCCCCGCGGUCACCUGUUGGGUCGCGUUCAUCGUUGUCGAUCCCUCGCCCGUCUUUUUCCAGCUCUACACCGCCGAUGCCGACAAGCACGAGUGGCGCGCCGCUGACUUCUUCUCGGUCGAAUGUCAGCCUGGCGUCGUCAAGAUCGCCACUGACAAGCUCACCACCGAGUGCCAAGGCGAAGGGGAAGCAAAAGGCGACGGACAUGGACGUCCCGGAGCCCGACCCGUCAGAUCUCAUCCGCGCAUAUACGCUGCAGCACGCGGAGAGCGGGCUCGGCAACGACUAUCUGAAGAGGAAACAUGUCAUUAGGGUGCGGCUGGAGGGCGAGCAGUUUUUGCUGCAGGCGAGAGAUGUUGGGGACGUCGUUGAUUGGAUUGAGGCGCUGCAUUGCGCCACUAAUAUCGCGCUUGAUCUCGACGAGCGGCCGAUGCCUAAGGGCCCGUUGUUCCCUAGACGCCGCAGAAGGCGGAAUCGGCCGACACAAGGACAAGGCGAGACUGCUGCUGUCCCCUCGACAGCCGUCUGA